CAGAAAACUUAAAACCGAGUAUGUCAAUUGAAAUAACCUAAAAUUUGGACAAAGUUGAAAGAAAUAAAAAACCUAAAACUUAAAUAAAUAAAUUCGUUUCAUGAAUUAUAUUUCUAUUUUAAAAGAAAAUGCCACCUAAACAAGCGAAAAAAACUUUAUGGGUUGAAUGCGAAAGGUGUCGUUGCAAUAUUCUGACUAAUGAUAAAAAUAUUCACAUUGAGUUAAAUUGCGGCAAAGAUCAAGUUAAAUGUCCAUUUGUCGAAGAUGAAACAUUAUUUACUUGGCUGGAAAGAGCUAGCACUCCUCCAGAGAAUGUUCCUAAAGAUAUUGUUUUUAUACAUCCUUCAGCAGGGACACUCAUAGGUGCAGUUAUUGGCAAACCUUUAGAGUUAAAAAGAGAUGGUGCCCCCACUCUCGUCAAGAGAAUGUGGCCGUCGAAAGCUUCCGCGCCCGCUGCUGUUAUAUUACCUGCUGCAGAUCUCACUGGAGCAUGGUGUAGUGAUAGCAAAAAAGUAGCAGUAUCAGUUCUAAAACAAACAAUCCCGCUAGCCUCAUGCGUUUCUAUAAGAAUAAAAAACCAUAAGAUAGAUACAGAUAUAAGCGACAUAUUAAAAGAAAGAUUUAACAAUCAUUAUGUAAGUCUAGGCACAAUAUUAGUGUAUUAUUAUUUUGGUAAAAAGUUACAAAUUGAAUUUGUAAAUAUAAAAUCAGUAAACAAAGAUGCAAAUACCACUUGGUAUCUUUUGAAUGAUAAUACUGCUUGGAACAUAGAGCAGAAUAAUGUUCAAAAAGUAGAAAAGAAACUACCCAUAUUGGGGGGUGUGGACGAUAUUAUUGAUGAAAUAAAAACCUUGAUUGGUAUUUCCUUUAAUCCCACUAAAUUUACAGCCAGUUUCCAAGCAACCAGAGGUCUUUUACUCUAUGGUCACUCUGGAAUCGGCAAGACGGCUAUAUGUAAAUAUUUAAUAGACAAUCUUAAUUGCCACCAUAUUGAAAUAAAUGGGCCCACAAUAUUUAGUAAAUACUUUGGUGAAACGGAAGCAACAAUGAAAGAUUUGUUUGCAAAAGCUGUAAGCAAUGAACCAAGCAUUAUUUUGGUUGAUGAAAUAGAAACAAUUUGUCCGAGACGCUCUUCAGGUAGUACGGAACAAGAGAGACGCGUAACAUCAGCCUUUGUUUCCUUACUAGAUAACUUACAUCAAGAGACCAGUAAAGUAUUUAUAUUAGCAACGACUAGAAAACCUGAAUCGAUAGAUCCAAUGUUACGGAGGUUUGGUAGGUUAGAUAAAGAAAUAGAAGUACCAAUUCCCGAUAAAAUUAGGCGAAAGGAAAUAUUAUAUGCAUUGCUCAAGAAUCUCCCUAAUAGGAUCCCCUCAUGUGACAUAGUUGAAAUAUCUAAUUUGGCUCAUGGUUAUGUAGCUGCUGAUUUAGUUAAUUUAUGUACACAGGCUUCGAUGAAAUGUAUUAAAAGAAAUGCAAAUAUUCUAGAGAAAGAGGACUUAGUAAGCGCUUUAACUAUUGUAAGACCAAGUGCAAUGAGAGAAUUGCUAAUAGAAGUCCCAAAUGUACGGUGGACGGAUAUCGGAGGACAAGACGAUUUGAAGUUGAAAUUGCGCCAAGCAGUGGAAUGGCCAUUGAAACAUGCAGACAGUUUUCUACGGCUAGGUGUUCGGCCACCAUCAGGCGUUUUAUUAUAUGGCCCUCCCGGUUGUUCCAAGACUAUGAUAGCGAAAGCAUUGGCGACAGAAAGCGGACUGAACUUCUUGUCUAUCAAAGGACCCGAAUUGUUUUCAAAAUGGCUAGGGGAAUCUGAACGUGCAGUAAGGGAUCUGUUCACGAAAGCACGCCAAGUCGCGCCUUCGGUUAUAUUCUUUGACGAAAUGGAUGCCAUCGGUGGGGAAAGGGGCGAUAAAGAAGGUGUACACGAAAGGGUUUUGGCACAACUUCUUACGGAAUUGGAUGGCGUGGUACCUUUAAACUCGGUUACCAUUUUAGCAGCUACCAAUCGUCCCGACAGAAUGGAUCAAGCGUUACUUCGUCCUGGACGACUGGAUAGAUUGAUAUAUGUUCGAUUACCGGAUUUUGAAACUAGACUUCAAAUAAUCGAAUUAAAACUAUUAAAAAUGAGUAUAAGCGAUGAUGUGAAUCCUCAUAACUUAGCAACAAGGACAGCAGGAUUUUCAGGGGCUGAACUGGAAUCGGUAUGUCAUGAAGCAGCUCUUUUCGCCUUGGAAAAAGAUCUGGAGUGCUCAGAAGUGGCCAUGGAACAUUUUGAACAUGUCUUAAAGAACUUUAAGCCAAGAACUUCUCCAUCGCUAUUAAAUAUUUACGAACAAUUUUCUUCAGGGCAAAGAUUUUAAAAACUUUAUUUUUAAAUUUUAUCAAAGUUGAUAAGUUUCGAAUUAUAAACAAACAUAUGUACUGUAACUAUUUAAUCAUGUAAGAAAACCUUAUAUACUAAUUUUGUAUAUAA